GUCUCCGCUCUCCACCCAGCUCCUGUCCCCCUCACAAAAAAUAACUGCCAACAGCUCAUGGAAAUCUGCCUGCCUGGGCAUAAUUGAGCUUCACACUAUUCAGUCUGAUCAUUUUUUUUGGUGGGAAAAGAGUGUGUCUGUAGGUGCAGGAUGUACAGCUUUAUGGGAGGUGGAUUGUUUUGUGCAGGAGUGGGAAACAUACUCCUGGUGAUUUCCACCGCCACGGAUUACUGGAUGCAGUACCGUCAGUCUGGCAGUUACAUGCAUCAGGGCCUGUGGCGCUACUGUGUACCUGGAAAAUGCAUGACACACACAGACAGCAUCGCGUAUUGGGAUGCCACCCGGGCCUUCAUGAUCCUGUCCAUCUUAGCUUGUUUCUUUGGCAUCAUCAUCGGUGUCAUGGCCUUCAUCAAUUACUCCUCCUUUAACGGAUUUGACAAAACCUUUGCUGCGGGAAUUCUCUAUUUCAUUUCAUGCUUCUUUGUGCUGCUGGCUAUGGCUGUCUACACAGGGAUGACGGUCAACUACUUUGGAAAACGAUACGGGAACUGGCGGUUCUCGUGGUCGUACAUAAUGGGUUGGGUUUCUGUGGUGCUCACUUUCUUUUCAGGGAUCUUCUAUAUGUGUGCUUACCGGAUGUAUGAACCGAGAGGGCCCAUGUCACGCUGAAGCUUCUCAUCUUAGAUCUGCUAUUUGAUCCAUUCAGUAUGAAUGUGAACCAUCAUGUCACCCCUUACCCCUUCAUCUUAUACCAAUGAUUUAUUGUUGUUUUAAAAUCAUAUAAAAUAAACUAAUACUAACUAAUA